GCCAACCCUGCUCCCAUUAUCGUGAACACAGACUCGCUGGAACAAGGGCUUUCUGUGAACGGCAGCGAUGGGAUGUUCAAAUACGAGGAGAUCGUCUUGGAAAGGGGUAACUCCGGCCUCGGCUUCAGCAUAGCAGGAGGAAUCGACAACCCCCACAUUCCAGAUGACCCAGGCAUCUUCAUCACCAAAAUCAUCCCUGGGGGAGCAGCAGCCAUGGACGGCCGUCUGGGGGUGAACGACUGUGUGCUGCGGGUGAACGACGUCGACGUCUCCGAGGUGGUGCACAGCAAAGCCGUGGAGGCCCUGAAGGAAGCAGGCCCUGUGGUGCGGCUCGUGGUGCGUCGCCGGCAGCCCCCCCCAGAGACCAUCAUGGAGGUCAACCUCAUGAAGGGCCCCAAAGGCCUGGGAUUCAGCAUCGCAGGGGGCAUCGGGAACCAGCACAUCCCUGGGGACAACAGCAUCUACAUCACCAAGAUCAUCGAGGGAGGCGCUGCCCAGAAGGACGGGCGCCUGCAGAUCGGAGACCGGCUGCUUGCGGUGAAUAACACGAACCUGCAGGACGUGCGGCAUGAGGAGGCGGUGGCCGCCCUGAAGAACACCUCCGACAUGGUGUACCUGAAGGUGGCCAAGCCCGGCAACAUUCACCUCAACGACAUGUACGCGCCCCCCGACUACGCCAGCACCUUCUCAGCCUUGGCUGACAACCACAUAAGCCAUAACUCCAGUCUGGGCUACCUGGGCAGUGUUGAGAGCAAGCCCGCCUACACCGUCCCUCCCCAGGUGACUCCAUCGCGGUAUUCGCCCAUCCCUCGGCACAUGAUUGGGGACGAGGACUUCACCAGGGAGCCCCGGAAAAUCAUCCUGCACAAAGGCUCCACCGGCCUAGGCUUCAACAUCGUUGGAGGGGAAGAUGGUGAGGGGAUCUUCGUCUCCUUCACCCGGGCCGGAGGCCCUGCCGACCUCAGCGGAGAGCUGCGGAGGGGAGACCGCAUCCUCUCG